GGAAUAUAAAAAGACCAGGUCUAAAUAAUUGAGAUUAAGAGUCAACUUGAUAUACAGUAAUAGCACAGCAAUAAGGGUGAAAAAGUUGAGAUAGUCUCUAAAUUAAAGGUAUUUACAUCACCCAGAAAUAGAGAUGGGCGCAGAUAUGGCGGUGAAUGGCGUAAUACAGACAGUGUCGCAGCUAUUAGAUGAAGGUGCAAAGCUGAUCGGCGUAGAGAAAGAGGUUUAUGAUUUGCUCCGAAGCCUAGAGUACUUGCUACAUGAAUUUUCCGGGAAGCAUUUGGAUGACGAGAUUCGAAGUACAUUGAAUAAAAUUGAGCGCGUGGUUGAUAAAUUCCUUAAGGAUGCGAAGUUACACCAAGAGAAAAAUCCUUCGGAGAAUUGCUUCUGUUAUGAUCGCAAGAUUAAUUUAAAGAAUCUUGCAGAAGAGUUGAAAGGAUUCGCUAACGAGGUGGACCGAAUUCCGGGCAAAUAUCGACAAGAUGAAACCGCAAAGUCUGCUAUGACUGAUUAUUAUACGUGGAAAUUACGUCUGCUUAAAAAAGGUGCCCUGGCGCCGCAGCAUCUUACUUCGGAUGAUAACGAAGUUGGUGUUAUUAAGGAGGUAGCGCAAAAAGUGAUCAUGCCACCCAUUGAAGGGCCAGAGGAUCAAGAUAACGAAGUUGUUGGUGUUGUUAAGGAGGAAGCGCAAAAAGUGAUCUUGCCACCCAUUGAAGGACCAGAGGAUCAAGAUAACGAAGUUGUUGGUGUUAUUAAGGAGGAAGCGCAAAAAGUGAUCAUGCGACUCAUUGAAGGACCAGAGGAUCUAGAUAUUGUUCCCAUUGUGGGUAUGAUUGGACUUGGCAAAACCACACUUGCACGAAAAAUCUAUUAUGAUCCUCAAAUUUCAGGCGAGUUUCCCAACAAGAUUUGGAUCAAUGUCGGCCAGUCAUACGACAAAAAGAAGAUAUUUCUUAAUAUUCUCGGAGGGCUCAUGAAACGAAGCAUCAAAGAAUAUCGAGAUAAGGAUGUGAAAGAAUUAGCUACGUUAAUAUGUAAUGAUAUGGGAGAAGUAGGCAGAUGUUUCGUUGUCUUGGAAGAUGUUUGGGAGACAGCAGUUGUAAAUUCUGUCAAGGAAGUUUUUCCAGAAAACAAAAAAGGCCACCGAAUCAUGAUGACCACUCGCCUAGAAUACGUGGCUACUGAUGCUAAUGAGGAUCCUCAUUAUCUGGAAUUUCUGACUCCAACUGAAAGUUUCAAGUUGUUGGAAAUGAAAGUUUUUGGCCGGAGAAGAUGUCCUGAUGACUUACAAGUAUUUGGAAAAAGCAUUGCAUCAAAAUGUAGUGGAUUGCCACUUUCGCUAGUGGUAAUUGCAAAAAAACUAAAACAUCGUACGGACAGAAGUACUUGGAAACUAGUUGAAAAAGAUGUGUGGCAUCCUCUUUUAAAUGAAGAUGACCCUGAAAGCUGUUUGGAAGCUGUAAAGUUGAGUUACGAUCACCUGUCCCAUGAAAUGAAGGUGUGCUUCUUGUAUUGUGGUGCUUUUCCUCACGGAUUUGAUAUCCCUGCUUGGAAAUUGAUUCGCUUGUGGAUCGCUGAGCGCUUGAUAAGGCCCGAAACGUCAUACACGCUUGAGGAGACAGCAGAGCGCUAUUUGAACAACCUUGUUGGUAGGAACUUGCUGAUGGUGAAGAACAAGAGUUUUGAUGGCCAAAUAAAAACAUGUCACAUUCACGACUUGUUGCAUGAGUUCUGCAAAGCAGAGUCUACUAGAAAAAGGAUUCUUCAAGAAGUAUGUCCAACACCCCACCAGGAUAUCCUUACUAGACAAGCGGUGUAUACUUCUCAAGGAUUGUGCAUUCAACCCUCUGUUCUACACUAUUUUCUCUCGGCAAAACCAGUUGCUGAGCCUGUUAGAUCUUUCUACUGUUUUUCCUCUAAACAAACACAAACCAAGUUGUCAUCUGAUGACAUCCAACUCUUUGAGAAAGCAUUUCCAUUGAUCAGGGUCUUGGACAUUGAAUGCCUGAAAUUUCAUUUCAUCAAGGAAUUUUAUCACCUAAUUUAUUUGAGGUAUCUUGCUAUUUCAGGUGACUUUAAUGAGCUUCCAGUGGACGUUGGUAAAUUUGGGAAUUUACAAACUCUUAUAGUUAAUUCGAGUGCAGAAGUAUCCACUCUUGACAUAAAAGCAGAUAUAUGGAGCAUGUUAAAGUUGAUGCAUCUUCACACCAAUAUCCCUGUAAGAUUGCCGCCCCCUCCUACCCCAACAGGUAAAAUUUCAAGUGCUCUACAAACUCUUUCUGUGGUUGCACCUGAAAGUUGCACGAAAGAUGUAAUUUCAAUAGCUUGUAAUCUCAAAAAAUUGAGUAUUCGAGGGAACUUGGUGGAAUUUCUUGAAAUUAACGGGGGUGGCUGGCGCAAUUUUGAAGAGCUAAAAUGCCUAGAACAUUUGAAAUUGUUGAAUGAUGCUCUUUACACGGAUGAAAAAAUUCACCUUCCUCCAUUAUUCAUCACAUUUCUACGAACAUUGAAGAAGUUAAUUUUGUCAAACACAAAGUUUGAUUGGAGUGAGGCAAAUAGUUUGGGGGAGUUAGAAAGCCUUGAGGUCCUAAAAUUGAAAGAAAAUGCUUUCAUAGGGAAGUCCUGGAAGCCAGAGAUAGGAGGUUUUAGUGAACUCCAGGUCUUGUUGAUUAAAACGACAGACUUGGAAACUUGGGAGGCUUCAGAAUUUCAUUUCCCAAGACUUAGGCAGCUUGUUCUUAUAUCUUGUGAUAAGCUUACGGCUGUGCCAUAUGAGCUGGCUUAUGUACAUAGCCUUCGAGAGAUGAGGCUGGUGAACGCAUGCAGUGCAGCUGUCAGAUCUGCAAAAGAAAUAGAGCGCAAGAAGCUGGAAAGCAUUAAAUUCAAGCUCACCGUAUUCCCUCCGGAAAUUGAUUCCUAGGCGACACACUAAAAGGAAUAAUCAAGGCAUGGCGUUUCUGUGCCAGGAUCAUGUACAAAUCGAAUGCUAUUUGACAUGGAUGCUCACCCCAUUUCAUGUUUUCUGCAGUUCAUUCAUCUUUUAUUAUUCAAGCAUUGUGAAGUUGAUAUUGAGUUUCUGUGUGGCUCUGUUGGCUUGAAACACUGUUUUUGUGUCUUACAUUUCGAGAUCCUCAUCAGGCGUAGUGUUUGCUUUCUAAGUUGUAAAAUUGUUCAAGCUGUUCAAUCAUGUUUUACUUCAUUGUUGUUUUCA